AUGAGUGACUUUGUAUAUCAAGGAGAAGACUUUGAUGAUAAAGUUAGAAAACAAGUUGAAUUUUAUUUUUCAGAUUCUAAUUUACAACAAGAUAAAUUUUUAUGGAAAAUUUAUGAGUCAAAUGAUGGAUGGGUUGAAUUAAAAACUAUUUUAACAUUCGGAAGAAUGAAACAAUACAGACCAGAAGAAAAAGUUAUUGACGCAUUAAAAUCAAGUGAUAAAUUAAUUUUAAGUGAUAAUAAUGACAUGAUUAAGAGAAAAGAUCCAUUGAAAGACUUAGAUGAAGUCAAAAAUACCAAAAAGAAAAACACAGUCCAUAUCGAAGGAUUUUCUCAUGAUUUAUCACAAGAAGAUGUAGAAAAUUGGUUCAAUGAAAAAAUUAUACCAUUUUUACCAAAUGAUAAAGAAAUUUGCUCAAUUCGUAGAAUUAAAGGAAGAGUCAAUAAAAAUUUCUUUGGAGUUGUUGAUGUUGAAUUUAAAAAUGAACAAGAUGCUGAAUUUUUAGUUAAAGAUGAUGUUGAAUUAAGUUACGAAAAAGGUAUUUUAACAAAAGACGAAGCAAAAGAUUUAGAUAAAAAACAACUUUUAAAAAAAAUGUCAUUAUUAACUUUCCAAGAAAUGAGAGAAAGCAGUAAAAGAUUUGGUCAAAAUGAAGUCACCAAAAGAAGAAACAGUUUUAACGAAAACAAUAAAAACAAAAAAUUCAAGGGAAACAAUCAAAAAGGUAAAAAAUUCAACAAAAACAAUCACAAUCAGAAGAAAGGAAAUAAUAAUAGAAAUAAAACAAGUGAGGAUCAACCAAAAGAAGAAAACAAACUUGAUAAAGUUAAUGAAGAAGGUAAAGUAGUUAAUGGGGAAGAAAAAUCAGCAAACAAAGAAGACCAACCACAACAACAACAAGAAACAGGUAAGAAGGAGGAACUUACUACUCAAAUUUCAGACACAACUGACAAAAAACAAGAGGAACCAGCAGCAGCUGAACUCAAAGAAUAA